AUGUUCCUGUGGAGAGCUUGUCUAAAUGCACUUCCUACCCGAGCUAAUCUAAAAGUAAGAAAGGUGGUGGAAGACUCAGCUUGCCCCAUCUAUUUCCACCCAUCCGAGACCAUUGAACAUACAUUGUGGGAAUGCCCUUCAGCAAGAGAUGUUUGGUCUUUGAGUAGUAGGAAAUUCCAAAAGGCUAGCAUACUUUCCCCUUCAUUUGCAGAGAAACUAGAGAGUUUAGUGGACUCUAAGGAGAUAAAAGAACUACUACUUUUCGCUGUAACUGCUUGGAACCUCUGGAAAAGAAGAAAUGAAGUAGUCUUCCAGGGGCACCUCACUCACCCUUCCUCAGUAGUCAGCCAUUCUAAACAACUGGUAGAAGACUUACAUAAGCUUUCGGUGAACAAGAAGGCAAAGGAACUGAAACAACAAACCAACCAACCAUGGGAGGCUCCUUCUCAAGGAAAAAUCAAAGUAAACUGGGAUGCUUCAGAUGAUAAAGCUUCAUGCAAGGUGGGAGUGGGAGUUGUACUGCGUGACUGGAAUAGCAAAGUGCUAGCAACUCUACGUAUGGAGCAAGAUCUGUUCCCUGAUCCCCACAUGGCAGAAGCCUUUGCAGCCCUCCAGGCUGUCAUGUUAUGCAAGUCACUUGGUCAUCAGGAUGUAGUCCUAGAAGGGGACUCCUUGCUGGUAGUAGAAGGCCUCAAAUCACAAUCAAAUGCUCUCAACUAUGUAGGCUAG